AUGACCGCCCCUCAAUGGACUGAUAAGAACCUCACCAUUGGCGAGGACGACAUCAAGAUAGUCUUUCUGGUGGCAAACUGCUUGAUCCUGUCCGCCACGUCCGUCGCGGGCACGGCGGCCAACGUCUUCGUCGUCCUGGCCGUGUGCAACCAGAAGUCCCUCCGCACGUGGAACAACGCCCUGCUGGUCAACCUGGCGGCCGUCGACAUUUUCCGAUGCGCGUCCGAUUGCCCCGUGCUCUUGGCCGUCGUGCUGCUGGCGCACCGGCGAGGCGGCGCCCGCCCGGCGAUCUGCGCCGCCCAGUCGGCGUCCUUCUCCUUCUGCUGCUGCGUCCAACUCCUGACCCUGGCUUGCAUCAGCGCCGAGCGGUACCAGGCCGUCGCUCGACCUUUUAAAAGCGCAGAGAGAAAGAAGCGGGUCUUGGUUCUGAUCCCGCUCACGUGGACUCUGGCCCUGCUGGUGGCCGCCGUUUGCUUGAUGUUUGCCAAGGACUCGCCCGUACAGGUGAGGUGCAAAGGAUCGCCACACGGUGAAGCCUCUUCUAACGACACCUUUGGGACUUUCAUCUUGUUCCCUCUGUGGGUCGCUUGCUUUGGCGUCAUCAUCGGGUUCUACGCUCGCAUCUUCGCCCUGCUGAGGGAACACAAUCGUAAAAUAUUUGACAAAGGAGUCUUGCCUGUUCCGAAGAACGAGGAGAAAAUCCACCACAACGAGUCGAGGCGUCUUUCAAUCGGUGUGGGAAACGAGUUAAGGUUAAAAGUCUUGGAGAUGAGAGCAGAACCUCAUCCUUCUGUGGAUCUGCUAGCUCGUAAAUCUCUUAAAGCUGAGCGUUUAAAGCUCAGCCUUGUUGAACCUUCUGAUGGCGCCUUGGCGGUCGGCGUUAAGAGCUCAAUCACAAAGCCCGAUAAGCCGCCGGGCAAUUGUGGCGCUGAGAAGCAACCGGGGUCGGGUGUGACAGCUGAUGGAACACCUUGUGAAGUGAAAGUGAAAGCAACGAGCCUUCGCGUCUGCACCUCGCCGCUCCCCCGCAACGAUCCUCCGUCAGAAGCUGGCGACUCUGCGGUUCCAGGGGAGCGGGCCUUGGUCUCGGACGACGGUCCAGAAACGGCCACAAUAGAAGGGGCGGUUUGCAUCAUGCCGCCGAAGGCCGCCAAGGAGAGGAAAAGCAGGAAGAAGGAAAGCAAGAUGGCCAAACGAGCAGGUUACAUCAUCGUCACCUUCCUCUUCUUCUGGCUGCCCUUGAUCGUCACCAUCGUCAUCAACUUUCUUCUUCACCACAACACUAAGGUACACACUCAAGGUGCAGCCAUGCGGGAAGUGGAGCUCCUGUCGGUGUCCGUGGCCUGCGUGUCCUCGCUCAGCAACCCCAUCAUCUACGCCGCAGUCAACCCGCAGUUUGGCGCCGAGUUUGAGCGCCUCAAAAACACGCUCCGGUCCUCCCUCGUCUGCCGCUGA